CCCUUUCGCGAAUCAAUUCCUACACGUCUCACUGAACCAUCCUCCUGUCGUCCUUGUACUGUACACCAACCCAAUUCUCUUCUCUUCUAUUCGACUGCAGCAGUCUGCCCGUCUGUCUGCCCGUCUGUUGCCAGACCAACACACAAUGUCUGCUCAAGCCGCCGCUGGCUCGGUCAUGGUGCAAGAUCCCGCCUCGGCAUCUGGUUUGGAUUCCAAAUCUGAGCAAGACGGCACUAAAGCCGCCCCCUCGGCCAACACUCGUGCCCCCUCCGAAGACGACGACGACGACGACGACGACGCCGGCCUGUGGGAAUCCGAAUCCUACCUGGAAGAUAUCUUGAAUGAGUCUGAAGAGGCCUUCGAGCACCCGACUAAUGACGCUGUCACCCCCGAUGAAGCACGCCAGAUUCGACAACGCCUUCACGAUAUUGGGACCAGCCAAUUCGUCCUCGACUACAUCACCUCGGGUCGCUACACGGCGCGCAAGCUGUGCACCGCUUUCGAGAUCAUCCUCCCCGAUGAUAUAGACAACAUUCCAGAUGAAUACUUCUACAGGCUGCUGGGCUUGGCCAUCAAUCGCGAACUGAACAAACGUCCGCGCUUAUACAAGUACAAAACAAUUGAUGAUGCUGCCAAGUUGUUGCGAGAGCGGAGGAACAUCAUGGUCAUCACUGGCGCUGGCAUCUCCACAAGCUUAGGCAUACCCGAUUUUCGGAGUAAAACCACGGGAUUUUACGAAAAGUUGAUUGCCAUGGGCUAUGAGGAACCCGAGCAAGUUUUUGACCUGACCGAAUUCGACAGGGAUCCAACCAUCUUCUAUAAACUCGCGGGCGAGAUCAUACCAGAUCUGAAGAAGUGGACUCCGACGCACGAGUUCAUACGUUUGGUCCAGGAUCACAACAAGCUGCUCACAAAUUACACGCAAAAUAUCGACAAUGUGGAGUCGCAUGCAGGCAUAAGGAAGGAGAAGCUGAUUCAGUGCCAUGGUUCCUGGGCAACAGCCACGUGCCGCAAGUGUGGAUUCAAGGUGCCAGGCGAGGACAUUUAUGAUUCCGUUCGUUCCCACGAGCCAGCUCGAUGCAAGCGGUGUGUAGAGCAAAUCGCAAGCCAGAAGCCGGGGAUGAAACGCAAGAGAAGCUCCAAUGGCUCCAAGAAGAGACGCGGGCCUAGUGAGGAUGACUCCGAUUCGGACGGUGCUUACGACAUCCCGGAGGCCGGCAUUAUGAAGCCUGACAUUACAUUCUUUGGCGAGCAGCUUCCGAAUGACUUUUUCGAUCGACUCAAAGAGCACGACAGGGAGAAGGUCGACCUGGUCAUCGUUAUGGGCACAAGCAUGAAAGUGGCACCUGUCUCGGAGAUACCAAAUUUCUUGCCGCGCGAUGUGCCCCAAAUCUUCAUCUCCCGAGACCCUAUCAAACACAUCAAUUUUGACAUCAAUCUCCUUGGAGACUGCGACGUUGUCGUAGCUGAACUAGCUCGCCGUGCUGGUUGGGAUCUUAAACACAAAAUGAUUCCUUCUGACCAGCAAAUCCAAGUGGAGCCUUAUGACGGUCUCGAACACACGUACCGUGUGGAAGUAAAGGGCUCUGUUGGAGCCAAGGCUCCCGAUUUAUGA